UGUGUGAGUGUGCGUGUGUGCGCGUGCGUGCGUGUGACACACUCCUGGAGAAGGCGAUCAGGAGGUCGCGGAGCCUCCGCGCAUCUCGUACGUGGAUUUUGCUGUGAACACUCCUGUCUCGUUCUUGAGUUUCUGUAAGAGGGCUGUAUGAAAACAGAAGAAAAAGAAGUCUAGUUAUUGGGAAUGCUGUCCCCUUACUGACCAAGUCUACUCACCAAGAAUGCCAUCUCCUCGCUGUCCAAGUUCAGUCACUGGGAAUGCUCUCUCCUCACUGACCACCAUGAGUGCCGGGGAUCCUCCUGUGGCUCGACAGGUGUAGACAAGCCUGCAUUCGAUUUGUGGAGCAGCUUAGGCAUUGGGGGGCAUCUCUCGGUGUUGGCUUCGUGCUACAGGGGAGGAUAAUGGCAACCUCCAGAGCAGCCUCACGGUCCUCUCGAGACAUCACCAAUGUGAUGCAGAGGCUACAAGAUGAACAAGAGAUCGUACAGAAACGCACUUUCACAAAAUGGAUCAACUCCCAUCUGGCCAAGAGGAAACCCCCCAUGGUGGUGGAUGAUCUUUUUGAAGACAUGAAAGAUGGUAUCAAGCUGCUUGCUUUACUGGAGGUCCUGUCUGGGCAGAAACUGCCUUGUGAGCAAGGACGCCGCGUGAAGCGCAUCCACGCUGUGGCCAACAUCGGCACAGCCCUCAAGUUCCUUGAAGGAAGGAAGUCCGUGUACAGAGGAUCUCCGAUUAAAUUAGUCAACAUCAACUCCACUGAUAUAGCUGAUGGCCGGCCGUCAAUUGUUCUUGGGCUCAUAUGGACCAUUAUUCUGUACUUCCAGAUCGAAGAGCUGACCAGCAACCUGCCCCAGCUUCAGUCUUUGUCCAGCAGUGCAUCCUCUGUGGACAGCACAGUCAGCUCUGAGACUGCCAGCCCGCCCAGUAAACGCAAGGUGGCCACCAAGAUCCAGGGCAAUGCCAAGAAGGCUCUGUUAAAAUGGGUUCAGUAUGCAGUAGGCAAGCAGAUGGGAAUAGAGGUGAAGGACUUUGGGCGCAGUUGGAGAAGCGGGGUUGCCUUCCAUUCAGUUAUCCAUGCCAUCCGCCCUGAGCUGGUGGACUUGGAGAAGGUGAAAAGCAGGACCAACAGAGAAAAUCUGGAAGACGCAUUCACUAUUGCUGAAGUGCAGCUGGGCAUCCCAAGGCUGUUGGACCCUGAAGAUGUUGAUGUGGACAAGCCAGAUGAAAAAUCUAUUAUGACCUAUGUAGCCCAGUUUCUGAAGCACUAUCCCGACAUCCACAGUGCAGGCGCUGAUGGACAAGAGAACGAGAGAGAAGACAAGCUAAUUUUGAAGGAAACAAAAGUUUGGAUAGAACAAUUUGAGAGAGAUUUGACAAGGGCGCAGACGGCAGACUCCAGUCCGCAGGACAAAUAUCAGUCAUUUAAGCACUUCAGAGUUCAAUAUGAAAUCAAAAGGAAACAGAUUGAACAUUUAAUACAGCCGUUUCACAGAGAUGGGAAAUUGUCACUUGACCAAGCCUUGGUAAAACAAGCCUGGGAUAGAGUGACCUCCCGGCUGUUUGAUUGGCAUAUACAGCUUGAUAAAUCUCUUCCUGCACCUUUGGGCACUAUAGGUGCCUGGCUGUACAGGGCAGAGGUGGCCCUACGAGAGGAGAUCACCAUUCAGCAGGUUCAUGAGGAAACAGCAAACACAAUACAGAGGAAACUCGAACAGCAUAAGGAUCUGCUUCAAAACACAGAUGCCCACAAACGAGCAUUUCAUGAAAUCUACCGGACCAGGUCUGUCAACGGGAUCCCAGUACCCCCUGAUCAAUUAGAAGACAUGGCCGAGAGGUUUCACUUUGUAUCCUCCACUUCCGAGCUCCACUUAAUGAAAAUGGAGUUUCUCGAGCUGAAGUACCGUCUGCUCUCCCUGCUGGUUCUAGCCGAGUCGAAACUGAAGUCUUGGAUCAUCAAGUAUGGGCGGCGAGAGUCGGUGGAGCUUCUGCUGCAAAACUACAUUUCUUUCAUAGAAAACAGCAAGUUCUUUGAACAAUACGAAGUGACAUACCAGAUCUUGAAGGAGACAGCUGAGAUGUACAUCAAAGCAGAUGGUUCAGUGGAGGAAGCUGAGAACGUGAUGAAAUUCAUGAAUGAGACCACUGCCCAGUGGAGGAACCUCUCGGUGGAGGUGCGGAGCGUCAGGAGCAUGCUGGAGGAGGUGAUCUCCAACUGGGAUCGCUAUGGCGACACGGUGGCCAGUCUGCAAGCCUGGCUGGAGGACGCAGAGAAAAUGCUAAGUGAAUCAGAAAAUGCCAAAAAGGACUUUUUUCGAAACCUGCCUCACUGGAUUCAGCAGCACACGGCCAUGAACGAGGCCGGCAAUUUUCUAAUUGAAACUUGUGAUGAGAUGGUUUCCCGUGAUCUGAAACAGCAAUUGCUACUGCUAAAUGGGCGGUGGAGGGAUUUGUUUAUGGAAGUCAAACAAUAUGCUCGAGCGGAUGAGAUGGACAGAAUGAAGAAGGAGUACACAGACUGCAUUUCCACUCUCUCUGGCUUUGCAGCGGAAGCCCAGAGGAAACUUUCCGAGCCCUUAGAAGUUUCUUUGAUUAAUGUCAAGUUAUUGAUUCAAGACUUGGAGGAUAUUGAGCAAAGGGUGCCUGUGAUAGACGCUCAGUACAAGAUGAUUACCAAGACAGCACAUCUCAUUGCCAAAGAAUGUCCCCAAGAAGAAGCUAAAGAAAUGUUUGGAACCAUGUCCAGACUCAAAGAGCAGCUAGCCAAGGUCAAAGAAUGUUACUCCCCACUCUUGUAUGAGGCCCAGCAGCUGUCGAUCCCACUGGAGGAGUUGGAAAAGCAGAUCACGUCCUUCUAUGACGCGCUUGGGAAAGUCAACGAGAGUCUUGCGGUGCUGCAGCAGGAGGCGCAAUCCAGUCCUCUCUUUAAACAGAAACAUCAGGAACUGUUAGCCUGUCAAGAAAGCUGUAAGAAAACCCUGGCACACAUUGAGAAGGGCAGUCAAAGCGUUCAAAAGUUUGUGAGCUUGAGCAAUGUGUUAAAGCAUUUUGAUCAGAGGAAGCUGCAGAGACAGGUUGCGGAUGUUCACCACGCAUUUCAGAAUAUGAUAAAGAAAACUGGAGAUUGGAAGAAGCAUAUGGAAACCAACAGUCGCCUGAUGAAGAAAUUCGAGGAGUCUCGUGCAGAGCUGGAGAAGGUCCUGAGGGUCGCACAGGAGGGCCUGGAGGAGAAAGGGGAUCCCGAGGAGCUCCUGCGGAGACACACAGGCUUCUUCAGCCAGCUGGACCAGAGGGUGCUCAACGCUUUCCUGAAAGCGUGCGAUGAGCUCACGGACAUCCUUCCGGAGCAGGAGCAGCAGGGACUGCAGGAGGCCGUCAGGCAGCUCCAUAAACAGUGGAAGGACCUUCAGGGGGAAGCCCCCUAUCACCUGCUCCAUCUGAAGAUCGCUGUGGAGAAGAAGAAAUUUUCAGCUGCCGUGGAAGAGUGCAGAACGGAGCUGGACCGGGAGAUGAAGAUGGCGCCUCAGGAAGGCAGUGAGAAGAUCAUUAAAGAUCACAGGGUUUUCUUCAGUGACAAGGGUCCCCAUCAUGUCUGUGAGAAGAGGCUGCAGCUUAUCGAGGAACUGUGUGUAAAACUCCCAGUCCGGGACCCAGUCAGGGACACGCCUGGAGUUUGUCAUGCGGCUCUCAAAGAGCUCAAGGCUGCAGUUGACAGCACUUACUUGAAGCUCGUGGAAGACCCGGACAAGUGGGAAGACUAUGCCAGCAGGUCUGCUGAGUUCGCAUCGUGGAUCGCUGCCAAGCAGCAGCAGGUGAGCAGAAUCAAGGAUGAGGCCCUGGGCGCGGCCAACCACGGCGAGGUUAAGCGUGCCGUGGAGGAAAUCAGAAACGAUGUUACCAAAAAAGGCGAGACGCUCAGCUGGCUGAAAUCCAGGCUUCAAAUUUUGAUUGAGGUUUCUUCUGAGAAGGAUUCCCAAAAUCGAGGAGAUGAGCUGGCAGACUUAUCCAGCUCAUUCAAGGCUCUGGUGACGUCACUGGCAGAGGUUGAGAAGGUAUUAAGGAACUUUGGAGAGUGCGUUGAGUACAAAGAAAUGGUGAAAAGUUCUCUUGAGGAGUUAAUGUCUGACUCCCAGGAAGCCCAGGAACAGGCGGAGAAGAUCCUAGACACGGAAAGUCUCCUCGAGGCCCAGCAGUUAUUACUGCGUCACCAGCAAAAGACAAAGCUGAUCUCAGCGAAGAGGAGGGAACUGCAGCAGCAGAGGGCGCAGGCGCAGCAGGGAGCUGGUGGCCCGCCUGGCCCCGGGCAGGAGGAGCUGCGCUCGCUGGAGGACAGCCUUGCGGGCCUGGAGCAGAGCAGGGAGAGGCAGGAGCGCCGCAUUCAGGUCAACUUAAGGAAAUGGGAGCGAUUUGAGAGCAACAAAGAGACAGUGGUCAGAUACCUUUUCCAAACAGGUUCCAGCCAUGAACGCUUCCUGAGUUUUAGCAGCUUGGAAAGCUUAUCUUCAGAACUGGAACAGACCAAGGAAUUUUCUAAGCGGACGGAAGGGAUUGCAACCCAGGCUGAGAACCUCGUAAAGGAAGCGUCUGAGAUCCCUCUGGGACCCAAGAAUCGGCAGCUUCUCCGCCAGCAGGCCACUUCCAUCAAAGACCAAGUGAAAACACUCCAGGAUGCCCUUGCAGAAGAUAUUAAAACCAUGGAAAUGGUGAAAACCAAGUGGGAUCACUUUGGCAGUAAUUUUGAGACCCUGUCCAUCUGGAUAACUGAGAAAGAAAAUGAACUCAAUGCCUUGGAAACUUCAUCAUCUGCCAUGGAAAUACAGCUCAGCCAAAUUAAGGUGACCUGCUCACACGUUACGUUAUCAUGUGUCUAGCCUCUAAGCACCCCUUUCUUAUAUGUAGAUCCCCAAAAGCUAUUUGACCCUAGGACACAUCCCUACUUGCUCUAUGGCUCUUUAGAGAUUAAAUUCACACAGAAUGUUGAGCUAAGUGGUCUUGACGGAUACUGGGUAACACUGUAUAGAUGAAAUUGCUUAUGAAAACUGUUUGACUUCUGCAUCCAAAGUCAAUACUGUGUGCAAUGUCAUUAAAAUACUUUUAUGGUUGCGA